AUGAGGACAUCAUCAGUUAUCAAACAGAGGAUUUGGGUGUCUACCACCCUGUUGCGACUUGUUGAGGAUUGGCGUAAAGCCCUGGACAACCAUGAGUAUGUCACCGCCAUACUGAUGGACCUCUCCAAGGCUUUUGACUGUGCUCCCCAAAACUUGUUGGUCGGGAAGCUGGAGGCCUAUGGCCUGAGCAAAGCCUCAGUUAACAUGGUGUCCAGCUACCUGAGCAGCAGAGCGGAUGCUGCUAAUGCUGCUGUUGUCCAAGGCAGUCUGGAGAAACUAAAGGACCUCAUUAAGAGUGGUUGUCCAGUUGACAGACAAGAUAGUUUUGGAGAAACUCCUUUGAUGGAAAGUAUUAUGAAUGGUCAUCAACAUAUAGCCGAGUAUCUACUAGGCAAGGUAUCGCCUUGUUCCUUUGGGUUGAGGAAUCAUAAAAAUAGAUGGAAUGCUCUUCAUCUCAUGGCAAAGUAUGGCCGUUCUUGGCUUGAUAUAUGGCACAAGAUAGAGCAGAUUGCACCGGAAUGUUUACAUCAUAAGGACAAGGAAGGUCUAACACCUACGCAAUUACUUCAGCAGCUGUCUACGAAGAGUGAGGGGUAUAAAACACUUUACAAAGAUUGUGUUGCCGUUGAUGUCAGUAAAUUAAUUGAAACAGGGGAUCUUCAACAGCUCAAAACUCUUCACGGAGAAGGACGGACAUUUACGACAGAAAACGCAAGCCGGCAGGAUUGUCUUAUGAGUGCAAUUACACUUCAAAAGGGAGACAUUGCACUGUUCCUUGCGAAAAAUUUAUCUCGGAAAUCUUUAAAGGUAAAAGACAUUAAUAAUAACAACUCUCUUCAUUGCAUGGCUGUGUGGGGGCGUCCAUGGUACGAAGUCUGGCGGAUACUAUCUCAGAAAUGUCCAAUGUUUUUGUCCGAAGAAAAUGAUGAUCAGAUGACGCCGGUCGCCUUGGUGAUCAGGAACCGAGAGAAAAGUAUUGGACACAAAAAGUUGCUCGAGUAUGCAAUGAAGAAAGGUGAUACGGAAAAAGUCCCGUUAAAGACGGAACAUGUCCACAAGGAAGAUGCUGCUAAUGCUGCUGUUGUCCAAGGCAGUCUGGAGAAACUAAAGGACCUCAUUAAGAGUGGUUGUCCAGUUGACAGACAAGAUAGUUUUGGAGAAACUCCUUUGAUGGAAAGUAUUAUGAAUGGUCAUCAACAUAUAGCCGAGUAUCUACUAGGCAAGGUAUCGCCUUAUUCCUUUGGGUUGAGGAAUCAUAAAAAUAGAUGGAAUGCUCUUCAUCUCAUGGCAAAGUAUGGCCGUCCUUGGCUUGAUAUAUGGCACAAGAUAGAGCAGAUUGCACCGGAAUGUUUACAUCAUAAGGACAAGGAAGGUCUAACACCUACGCAAUUACUUCAGCAGCUGGCUACGAAGAGUGAGGGGCAUAAAACACUUUACAAAGGUGAUACGGAAAUAGUCCCGUUAAAGCCGGAACAUGUCCACAAGGAAGAGAGACACCAAAGAAAGGAAAGAGUAGAGAGACACCACAGAAUGGAAAGAGUAGAUGAUAUGACCAACCGUGUCAACGACUUGGUAAGAAGUGGAGACCUAGAGGAGCUUCGAAAUCUUCACUGCAAAAGAGUGCCACUUGGAACACAGAGCAUACUAGGACAAUCUUCUCUUAUGCUUGCAAUCGCAACUGACAGGGAAGACAUUGCAAUGUUCUUAGCAAGUGUCUUGCCGGACUAUGUAUUCCUGUUACAAGACAAUUCCGGUAACAACGCUCUUCACUACAUUGCAGUUUUUGGACGUCCUUGGAACGAGCUUUGGCAAAAGCUUUCUCAGAACUCUCCAGCACUUUUGUGCCACCAAGAUGAUGAAAAGAUGACGCCAGUCGAUCUAGUGAUCAAGAACCAAGAGAAGAGUGAAGGGCACAAGAGCUUGUAUGGAUAUAUCAUAGAAAGAGACAUGCCAACCUUCGUGAAGACAUUAGAUGACGACACCGUAACAAAAUUUGUUUCUGGAUUGGAGGAGCAUGCAGAAGAAACUAGGAACAUUCAGAUUAUGGUUAUUGGACAUGAAAUGGUUGGGAAAACUUGUCUGGUGAAACAGCUUCUCGGUGAAUACAUUGAUCUUGAAAACCUCAUCUCAACAAAUGUGGCUGAUCUUCAUCUUCGUAGACUAUUACUGGACAUGUUGACACUGGAGAGAAUAUACGGGACUUCAGCGAAGGAUAUUGUACUAGAACGACUUCGCAUGGUUACCAACAAAAUCAGGGAAAACGAACGUAAAAUUGAAAUAGCACCCAAAAUGAAAAAAGAAAGUGAUACAGAAAUAGUCCCGUUAAUGCCAGAACAAGUCCACAAGGAAGGUAACAAUGUUGCGGAAAUCAAAGAAUUUCGAAAAAGUCAAGAAGCAGAUAUAAACAACACGAAGACAUCGUUAUCAUUUACAGAUGGCACAGACAGACAAACUUCAAAUCCAGAAUCGUUCAUUGAGAAUCUAACCGAACAACAGACGAAGCUUAUUGACUUGGUGCUGCAUAAGGAGGCCGAUUCCCGGUACAAGACAAAGGCAUUCGUGACAAUAUACGAUUUUGGAGGAGAAGAGGUCUUCUACAAUACCCAUCAUUCCCUCAUGACGAGUGACAGCAUCUACCUGUUGGUGUUCGAUGUGGCCAUGUGUCUCAACAAAAUGGAUGAACAAGACGGUUUCGAAAGCAUAGAAAAGUGGUUAUAUUCGAUAGCGACACAUGCAGUGGAUGGCGAUGAAAUCAGGAAAGGAACACCACCAGUGUUGAUGAUAGGUUCUCACAUGGAUCUGGUGAAGGGAACGAAGGAGCUAAAAAGAGAAAAGCUUGAAUUUUUUCUUGCCAAACUAAGAUCUGUCCCAGGUAUAAAGGUGAUAUGGGACGCACAUAUCAAGGGAAUCUUUGAGAUUGCCAACCUUCACGACAGCUGCAAAAAUGCAGAUAUCUUCCAGAAGAUAUGGAAAACCAUCAAAGAGGUGGCCCCACUCCAAUCUCAAUGGAAGAAACUCAUCCCAGGGAAAUGGAUUGCCCUUGAAUUCGAAUUGCUUCAGAAAAAAGAGUCAGGAGUGAAAGUCAUGACCAUUGAGGAGUUAAUGGAGAUGAACAAAAACCUGGCAAUUCCACUGGAAGACAUCGAAAGCGUGAAGUUAUUUCUAAGGUACCUCCAUAUGACCGGAUUCAUGCUCUGCUUUGAUUUGGAGAGUGAAAACCCAAUCAUUGUUUUGAACGCUCAAUGGGUGAUUGACGCCUUUAAAUGCCUGAUUACUGCGAUCAAGUUUGUUACCGGGCUUUCGAUUUACGAGAAGACACUUUGGGAAGAAUUUGAGAAGACAGGAUGGCUGCCAUUUGAAGUUUUGAAAAUGCUUUGGGGAAAACAUCCCAACGGCAACUUCCUUGAUCAUAUGCAUGUGCUUGUAGCAGUUAUGGAGCGCCUUGGCCUACUGAUGAAACCGCUGCCCAAAAACAAGAAAGACGUGGUGGAUGUCUAUGUUGUCCCAAGCAUGUUGAAGAGGGCGGAAAAUCCUGAGAUAGAUGCGAUGCGACACAUUCUGUGCGAAUCCACAACUGUUAAAUCUUGGACACUUUGUAUUCAAUUUCAAAAUCGAUUCAUCCCACAGGCCAUAUGGGACAAAUGCAUCGCAGCCUGUAUCCACAGAUUCCAGCCGUUUAUAGUCCCUGACAUGAAAGGUUUCCGUCACUGCUACAGAGGCUCCGUUGCCCUAGCCAUCGACCAUUUCUGGAAUAUAUUGAUCAACUGCAGAGACAAUGUGAUGAAGAUUACUCUUUUCAAGAUGCAGAACGAAAGUCAAGUAGCCCCAGGAACAGGAUAUAAUAUCAGGCUCGUGUUGGAAGAAAUCUUAGAACAAACAUUGACCAUGAACCAUCAGGGCCACCUUAAGUUCGACUACUACUUCCACUACGACCCGAUAGUGAGCCAUGGUGAUGUGAUUAUAGAGGCUAAACGUCUUCUUAUGAAUUCACCGCUUGACUCUAUCCGAACAACGAUUGAUGGGCAGAAACAGGUCUCCAUUGAAAGGAAACAAUAUGAUGUCUGGUUCCAAGAACUACCCAAAAAGGCAUAUCACGUUUCAGAUGUGGAUCUACAUAGACGUCCAACCUUCAAAGAGCUAGGCCGUAUCGCAAAGCUCAUCUACGACGGCCAUCACAUGUUCUUUAUAGAACUUGGUCUGAAAGAUGCAGAAAUCGGUCAGAUUCGACAAACUUGUGGGAACCUGUCUUUCCGGUCACAGUUGACGAAGAUAUUCCUCUCUUGGUGCAAUCGCCGUCGGUAUAUUGAUUUAUACCAGAUCGCUUGUGCCAUGGAUGCACUGGGAUUAGGCAGUCAGAGUAUGAUGGAGGAGAUAGAACACGUCGAGGACGAGGUUAUCUUGAAAGAUUCAGGAAUACCGGAAGAGCAUUUAAACAGACCUCCUGUGCGAGAACAAGUUGAAAUCAUCGCAACAUUCAUUGAUGCAUCGUAUUUUAACUUAUAUCUGGAACUAGGAAUGAAACCUCACAUUAUCGUUCAGUAUGAACUGGAUUACAAAGAUUCUGGUGUGAAAACUAUGUUCAUCGAAUUGCUGAACGUAUGGAUACGGCAUAUUGGGGAGGAGGCGACACUUAACCGCAUUCUGGUAGCAAUGCAAGAGUGCAAUAUGGCUGUAUAUGACCUGGCAGAUCAACUAGUGCUUAGCAUGGGUUGUUGAGAAUGUUAAAGAAAGGAACCACGUUUCGUUGAACACACCUAGAAACCAUUCCCAAAAGACAACACGGAUAUGUAGUAUCAUCCUCUAAAUCCAGGUGUUGCGUUCUCUUAUGUCAUGACAAAAGGAAUGUUAAGUGUGCGCUACCUUUAUGACAAUACUAGAAGAGUAGUUUGACCCUUUGAUGUAAAUCAAAAGAAUCACAAGGUAGCAUAACUGUAAAAUUGACAGGCUUUAAAGGCGGGUGUCUCUCCCUGUAAUCCUCAAAGGACAUGAUAAGCCUGGCAAUUUGUCAGGUUUUUACUUUCAAUUCUGACAUUACAAAAUCAAGGGGUGCGGAGAACAUAGGUGAACGUAACCCGUAGAAUCCCAAGGAUGAUAUAUUCAUAGAAACACUGAAAACGUGUUCCUAAAAACAUUUUAAAAGAUGUGUUUAGUAUUGUAUGGCUUAGAAUUUCUUAUUAACACACUAGUUUAAAGAGACAAAAGGUCGUUGCUAUACCUCCAGUUUUAGCGACAGCAUUAGAUUCAGCGUUUCCAAUAUAAUAUACUGUGGUUCUAUUUCAUUACUGUACGUUGAUAUUUUCCUUGAUAUUAUUACAAGCAAAAUAUUAUUUGGCAUACAAAAAAUCCUUCAACAGCUAAUAUUGAUUCAGGAUAUCGCUAGACAGAAAGUCUCCGUACUGCCAGAAACUUGACGUCAAGUUUUCGUCAUUACCCAGGACAUUUUAAGGUUCAUACUGUAAAUAGCUGUUUUGUAUGUUUUUAUUUAAACUGGUGUUCUCAAUAUAAGGUUAUAGAAUUCAACAUAAUGUUUUAAUUUUCAUUAUGGAAGUUGAAAGAAAUCCGUCAUAUUUUUUAAAACAAUAACUAUUGCUCAAACAUGAAUGUGUAUAAAGUAAUUUCGUUGUGAAAUCGUGAUGUGGAAAUUAUCUAUAAGGGAAAUGAAGAACAUAGCUGCAUGAUAUUUUUAACAAAUACAUAAAUUUUGAGGUGAUAUUUUUUUAUGCGACUGAUAACGUAAAAUUGAAAUUAUAUAAAAAUAAAAAGUUAAAACUAGGAUGGCACACAUCAGAUAUUGACAGAGGACAUCAUUCAUAUCUUCAUGUUGGGCUUGGUGUCCAUAUUGACAGAGGAAAUCAUUCAUAUCUUCAUGGUGCGCUGAGUGUAUAUAUUGACAGAGGACAUCAUUCAUAUCUUCAUGUUGGGCUGGGUGUCCAUAUUGACAGAGGAAAUCAUUCAUAUCUUCAUGUUGGGCUGAUUGUCUAUAUUAACAGAGGACACCAUUCAUAUCUUCAUGGUGGGCUGGGUGUUCAUAUUGACAGCGGACAUCAUUCAUAUCUUCAUGUUGGGCUGGGUGUCUAUAUUGACAGAGGACAUCAUUCAUAUCUUCAUGUUGGGCUGGGUGUCCAUAUUGACAGAGGACAUCAUUCAUAGCUUCAUGUUGGGCUGGGUGUCUAUAUUGACAGAGGACAUCAUUCAUAUCUUCAUGGUGGGCUUGGUGUUCAUAUUGACAGAGGACACCAUUCAUAUCUUCAUGGUGGGCUGGGUGUUCAUAUUGACAGAGGACAUCGUUCAUAUCUUCAUGGUGGGCCUUGUGUCCAUAUUGACAGAGGACAUCAUUCAUAUCUUCAUGGUGCGCUGGGUGUCCAUAUUGACAGAGGAAAUCAUUCAUAUCUUCAUGGUGCGCUGAGUGUCUAUAUUGACAGAGGACAUCAUUCAUAUCUUCAUGGUGGGCUCGGUGUCCAUAUUGACAGAGGACACCAUUCAUAUAGACAGAGGACAUCAUUCAUAUCUUCAUGGUGCGCUGAGUGUCUAUAUUGACCGAGGUCAUCAUUCAUAUCUUCAUGGUGCGCUGAGUGUCUAUAUUGACAGAGGAAAUCAUUCAUAUCUUCAUGGUGGGCCUUGUGUCCAUAUUGACAGAGAACACAAUAUGGACACAUCUGUAAACCUUUUAAUAAGAGCAUUUUAUUCACUUUAUACCUAUUUGUUAGAUGUGUAAUAUAAAACUUAUAAUGGGACACUCGUACCAUAUAACCCCUGGGGUGAAGUCAUGACAGGUGUGAAGGUGACUUACCAGUGAGGAGAUCUUACGGUAGCCGAACUUUGGGAGGAAGAUGCGGGUAGGGGUAAAGAGCCUUAGGGGAUUAAUACUGUUAAUUGUAAUCGUAAUUGUAAUUGUAUGUUAGCAGGAAUUUUGUUUUAUAUCAAUGAACAAUUCCCUUCAGAAGUUGAACAAAAACGAAGGCAACUUUACCCAACAUAUAAAGACCUAAAAGCCAAACACCAUAAGGUCAAGCUUGUCAGAGACAAGCUCAUAGUGGACGGCAAGUUGUACACGGGGCCUUUGGUAAGUAGUGACGUCAGAGCGAAGAAUAGCAACCCGCGACAGACCAGAACUUAUAGUGACGUUGCUCAAAGUCCGUCAAAUGGGUCUCCUGGUGCGCAUGCCCAACCGACAAAACGUUUGCACUUUAACAGCAACACUGAGUCCCCAAGGCGCCCUGCCCGUUUCUCGCCAUCUUCCUCACCUUCGUCAUCAGGUGAAACUAUCCUUAAGACUGUAUAGGAUGAGGAGGAGAGUGAACUCUCUACUGUUAACGUUUCAUGGAAUGUUUGCAGAUAACUUGUUGAUUAACUGAAUGAUCUUGAUUUUUUAAACAUUUUAUGUAAAUAUGAGAUUGCAUGUUUAUACGAAUGCUGGAUUGGUAGUGAUGAUGACAUAUCUAUAACAGGGUAUACUGAUCAUGUCAUACCUAGGCUCCAAGGCAUUGUAAUAUAUAUCAAAUCUUGUAUAGCUGAGAAAUGUCGAGUUGAUGAAACUGUUACAGAAAGCAUCAGUGAAAUCACAUUGUCAUAUCCGUCUAGAAGGGAUAUUUUCUUAGCUGAUGAUUAUUUCCUGCCCGUGAAUUGCACGUAUUAUGAAGGGAAUGAUUUCGAUUUGUUUAUAUUACUAGAGGAAACUGUAAGUAAAUAUAAAGAGUAUGAUGACGUUUUAGGAAUAGGAGACUUGAACAGCCUUACUGUUUAUCUGAGGACAUUAUUGCCUUUGAUCGAGUCAGUGAAUUUUCAACCCAUGUUUUAUCCAAUAUAUUAGAAUACCUUCCUGAUUCCAAUGUUUGUAAAAGGGCAAAUAUGGACGUAUAUGUUAACCAAUUCGGAAGGCAACUUUGGUCUCUUUGCAGAACAACUGGUCUCAAAAUUUUGAAUGGUAGGCAUGCUGGUGA